GGUGAAAAUGCGGAAGACAAGGGAGGAAAUUCUCCAGCAGAUCUACGACGAGGGGCAGAAGGCGUUAGACGAAUACGCACUGUAAAUAUGAUGUCUAGGUCUGGAAGAUGAAAGGAGACAUUUUGCAUGCAGUUUUUGUGUCUGGAAAAAAAUACGUAGCAUGGUAAAUUAAGCGGAGGCUUUUCCAUGCAUUGUCUGCAUGAGAAGUACUCUGUUUCGGAGACAAAAGCGCGCAGCUUUUGCGAACCAUGCAAUGCAAAACUUUGCCCGUGCGUGUGCCGUAGUUCCAGAAUCCGUGUCACAUCUCUCCAGGCCCAGACAAAUUUGCAUCGCAUAGCUAAUUGUUAAGUACCAAAGGGGUGAUUUCCGACGCUCUGAAAAACGUGAAGCAGGUCGUGCAGCGGAAGGGGAAAGACAUCGACGAGCGCUGCAUCCAGGCCAUGGGAUUGAAGGCGGGGAC